AUGGUGAAAGAAACAACAUAUUAUGACAUAUUGGGUGUGAAACCCAACUGCACCACAGAUGAAUUGAAAAAGGCUUACAGAAAACUGGCUCUCAAAUACCACCCAGACAAAAACCCAAAUGAAGGAGAAAGAUUCAAACAGAUUUCACAAGCCUAUGAAGUAUUGUCUAAUCCAGACAAGAGACGCAUUUAUGACCAAGGUGGUGAACAAGCUUUGAAGGAGGGAGGAGUUGGAGCAAGCGGCUUCUCCUCACCCAUGGACUUGUUUGACAUGUUCUUUGGCGGUGGAUUCAGUGGUGGUCGCCGACGUGGUCGUGAACGCAAGGGCAAAGAUGUUAUUCACCAACUGUCUGUAACACUUGAAGAGCUUUACCGCGGUGCUGUAAGGAAACUGGCUUUGCAGAAGAAUGUCAUUUGCGAGAAAUGUGAGGGACGUGGUGGCAAAAAGGGUGCAGUACAGACUUGCCCCACUUGUCGUGGUACAGGCAUGCAGGUUCAAAUUCAGCAAUUGGCACCUGGAAUGAUCCACCAAAUACAGACAGUGUGCAGUGAAUGCCGUGGACAGAGGGAGAUUAUUGACCCCAAAGACCGCUGCAAAGUUUGCCAGGGACGUAAGACUGUGCGGGACCGCAAAAUUCUUGAAGUCCAUGUUGACAAGGGUAUGACUGAUGGCCAGAAGAUUGUCUUCAGUGGAGAGGGCGAUCAGGAACCAGAGCUUGAGCCUGGUGAUCUUGUUAUAGUUUUAGAUGAGAAGGAGCAUGAAAUUUUCAAACGCUCUGGUAAUGAUCUCAUAAUCCGGUUGAACAUUGAGCUUGUUGAGGCACUCUGUGGCUUCCAGAAGGUCAUCCGGACCCUAGAUGACAGGGAUAUUGUGAUAACUGUUCUUCCUGGUGAAGUUACUAAGCAUGGGGAUGUUAAGUGUGUGUUGAAUGAAGGUAUGCCAAUGUACAAAAAUCCGUUUGAAAAGGGCCAGCUUAUCAUCCAGUUCCUGGUCAACUUCCCAGCUCGCAUUCCACCUGAAGUCAUUCCUGCUCUUGAGAACUGCCUCCCAUCACGCCCAAGGAUCGAGAUUCCUGAACUGGCUGAAGAAUGUCAGUUGAUUGACUUAGACCCAGAACAAGAAACGCGCCGGCGACGCGCACACCAAGGCAACGCUUACGAGGAAGAUGACGAACAUCCUGGUAUGAACAGAGUACAAUGCGCCACUAGCUAA